CUCUCGCUCGAACCUGGCCAUGAAACCUGAACUAUGGCCUCCAUCGAGAAAUCCAAGAACGAGGAAGAGCAGAAGAAGAAGAAGAAGAAGAACAAAGAAGGAGCGGUGACCUCCAAAUCUCCCAUAAAAAAAACACUCACAAAAUCACCGAAGCAAGAGGGCGAGAAAGAGAAAAAGAAAAAGAAAAAGCAGCAGCAUAGUAAGACUUCCAAUGGCACAAUAAGCGAACCACCUGAGGUCUUGAUAAUCCCAUCCUCAAGCUGCGACUCCCAGGAAUCACAAGAUGACGACAGAGAAGAAAUUGCAAAGAGAAUCGAGCCCAGUAAUCGAAGCAACAAAAGCUCCAAACCCGUUAAAACCAACAAGAGAAAAGAAAAAGCAGAAGCUGAUAAUGAAGAUGGAGAAGAUGGGACUAUGUGUAGGUUUCCAAUGGCCAGGAUAAAGAGGAUAAUGAAAAGCGAAGACCCUGGUCUGCAACUUAGUCAGGAUGUCGUUUUUCUCGUCAAUAAAGCCACGGAGAAGUUCAUUGAACAAUUUUGCGAGGAAGCAUAUGGAUGUUCAGUCCGAGAUCGAAAGAAUUAUCUUGCUUACAAGCACCUGUCAACAGCUGUUAGUGAGCAGAGGAGAUUUGAUUUUCUUUCAGAUUUCGUUCCUGAGAAACUAAAGGCGGUGGAUGCCUUGGCACAGAGGAAUUUGGUGGAGAACAGGGAAGGAUAGGACCGUGUUAACAUGUGAACUGAGAUUAUAAUCCUUGAAAUUACACAAUUUGCUUGGUAAUUCAUGCUUAUCUCAUAGGCCUUCUCCAUUAGUUUUCAAUUGGCUGUAUAUUAUGGAGCUGAAAGGCAUCAGUUUCUAACAACUCAAAUAGGUUAUUCGCUUUAAUUUCAUAGUAGCCCUGUGUUUUCAAUUGGCAUUGUAUUUUACUGAUGAAAAACAAUUCCUUGUUACAAGGUAGAUUGGUAAGUUAUUUUCA